AUGGUUUUCCGCGUACUCAACGAUCGAACUAGUGCCCUUUCUUCCGAGUGUAAAGGGCUAAAACAAACAGAAUUGCUAGAAUACAUCUCCAAACAUGGGGAUUACACGGAAUGGGGUGAAUUCCGUGAGAGUAGCCGCUGCGCUAACCAGAAUAACAAAGAAAAUAUAUAUCGGGAUGCACUUGCAGCCGGCACCAAGGACGAAGCACUAGCACUGGUACGAAAUGGCGACCCAAAAUGUUUCUGGUUAAAUUAUGACAAGUUGUCAUCAAAUUAUGACCGGAUUUCAUUUAAUCCACCAUUGCCCUUCGAGAGGCACGUGGCGCCUAAGCUACUGCUGCGUGAGCCUACCUCCCACCUUUCAUUCGGCACUUCCGAGGAGGGUUCCCAUACCAUUCGCGGGUAUGGGAAUACUGGUGCACGGGAGUGGUAUGAUGAGCUCCCUGAUGCGGUCCAACGCAUCGUGGACCGGGCGGGCUUCGGCACCUUCUGCCGAGGGCUCUCCAGGUUGUCCACAUGCAGGCCUCUUCUUGCCGCUCUGGCGGAGAGAUGGUGGGACACCACCGAUUCUUUUCAUUUCUCUGCUGCAGGGGAUAUGACGAUGACUCCUCAUGAUUUCUCGAUGCUCACAGGCAUCGGGGUGGGGGGUGAUCCGAUCCCAUUUGACAUCGCGAUGGAUGAGUGGACCGCAGCUCAGGUCCAUCUACUGAGGGAGGCGCCACCCCUAGCUCGCCCAGGUUUCGUCCGAUACUCCUGGUUCGAGGUCCAGUUUCGAGUCCAGCCUGCGUUGGAGGAGGAGUUUACUUGA